ACAAUUUCUAGUUAAACCUAGCAACCAUAUAAAUAAUAAAGUACUUAUUUUUAGCUUUUUGUAUGGUGCCUUGAAAACUAAAACUAUCCACAUCUGUUGGGCAAGUUUGGUGACACGUUUAAGAAAACAUUACAAUCUUAUUUUUCAGAAUGCCCAUUAUUCGCUUGGAAUCUUCCGAUAAGGAAAUUUUUGACACCGACAUCGAGAUUGCAAAAUGUUCGGAGACCAUCAAAACGGCACUUGAAGACUUGGGUGAUGAAAGCGACAAUAGCAUAUUGCCCCUUCCCAAUGUUAACUCGGCCAUUUUACGCAAAGUUCUGCACUGGGCCACGUAUCAUGCUCAGGAUGAUCCACAACAGGCCCAAGAGGAUGAGAAUAAAGAGAAACGCACCGAUGACAUCUCAUCUUGGGAUGCCGACUUCCUGAAAGUCGACCAAGGCACCUUAUUCGAGCUUAUUCUAGCGGCUAAUUAUUUGAAUAUUCAAGGUCUAUUAGAUGUCACCUGCAAAACCUGCGCCAAUAUGAUCAAAGGAAAGUCGCUUCAGGACAUUCGAGAGACUUUUGCCAUUGCCAAUGACUUUUCGCCAGCUGAAGAGGAAAAGGUGCGCAAGGAGAACGAGUGGUGCGAGGAGAAGUAAACACCAAUCAGCCUUCUGACAAAAAAACAUCGGUUUGUUCAAUGUCCUUUUAUUAAAUAAUUGCAUAUAAACAGAAUCUAAUGUUUUUAAUAUUUAGUACAUAUGUAUGUAUGUAUUUCUAAAGUUUUCAAUACACUUUCAAAUAUGUGUUCGGUCGUAGCGGAUAAUUCUUGCAACCAUGAAAGCCGCCAGAUGGCGCUUUAGCUAUAAUAAACCGCGUGAUAGCUGGUAUUUUUUUAACGAAAUUUUUGCUUUUUGUAAAAUAGUCGUGAAAAAUGUAGCGUAUCUAAACAUAAAAUUUACAUUUGGUUAAACGCGAAAUGUUCAGAAAUAUCGUACUAUAAUAAAAUCGAUAUGAAGAAAUCAUGAAAACAUCGAUGCAUUGCUAGUCUCAUCGAUAUUUCUCCACCUCUAAGAUAUGGUCACACUUACACGAAUUCGCCAAAAAAAGUCCAACUGAGCUGCUACAAUUUAUGAUCGGGAUUGGCGCAUAACAAACAAAUUUUUCGUAUUAUAAUCUAAAUUCUCUGUGAAAUUUCAUAUUAACGGUCAGCACAAGCGCUACUAAACAGUGCUGUGCCACAAACUUGCUAACACACAAUCGUAUUUUGUUGGUGAAAAAACAGGCGGCAGCAGAGGCCAGCGGCAGCAGCAGCAGCUAAGAAGACGACGACAGCGGCGGCGGCGACGCAACACACGCGACUUGUAAAGAAAAACACGGCGAGGAGGACAGAGACUGCACCAAGUGGCUUGUGUGUCUUUCUGUCUCUGCUGAGUGGUGUGCGUUAGCGUGUGUGUGUGUAUAUGUGCAUCUCAAGGAUACAUUGAAUAACAAUAACAAAAUAAAGUUGAUAAAAAAAAAGAAAAA